AUGGGUCUACUCUUUGAGAGGAUGGCCGACAACCAUACCUAUAUUGCUGGCGUUUCCAAAGAAUUCACUCUUGUGGUCAGUGAAUUUGGGAUUGGCGUCUCUCACAGACCGGAAGCGACAAUACGCAGGCAACUCAUGCAGCCUAAGGACACAAUACCCGUUAACCAAACAUCCGGUGUCAUUUACCGCUUCGACUGUCUUUUUGGUAAAACCGACAAACGGGUUCUCAAGAGACUGCACGAGCACGAACUCGCCGUGCGACGGAAUGAAAAACCUUCUUAG